AUGGCGAACUCUCUGUCGGCUCUCUACAAAUAUGCCAUUCCGGCUGCUGUUGGCGUUUCCUUUGUCCAAGCCUCAAUGUACGAUGUGAAGGGAGGAUACCGCGCAGUUAUCUUUGACAGACUCACUGGUGUGAAGGAAAAGGUUGUCAACGAGGGAACACAUUUCCUUAUUCCAUGGCUACAGAAGAGCAUUAUCUAUGAUGUCAGGACGAAGCCCAGGAACAUCUCUACAACAACCGGAAGUAAGGAUUUGCAGAUGGUCAGCCUGACACUCAGAGUGCUACAUAGGCCUGAGGUUCAAAAGCUACCUGCUAUAUAUCAGCAACUUGGACAAGAUUACGAUGAGAGGGUUCUCCCAUCCAUCGGAAACGAAGUUCUUAAGUCCAUCGUCGCACAAUUUGAUGCCGCAGAGCUGAUCACCCAGAGAGAAGCUGUGUCAAACCGCAUUCGUACCGACCUUCUUCGACGUGCCAAGGAGUUCAACAUUGCCCUUGAGGACGUCUCCAUCACUCAUAUGACUUUUGGCCGUGAAUUCACCAAGGCCGUUGAGCAGAAGCAGAUUGCACAGCAAGAUGCCGAAAGAGCCCGCUUCAUCGUCGAGCGAGCUGAGCAGGAGAGACAAGCCAACGUUAUCCGUGCCGAGGGAGAGGCAGAAAGUGCCGAUAUCAUCAGCAAGGCCGUUGCUAAAGCCGGUGACGGUCUGAUCCAAAUCCGAAGAAUCGAAGCCAGCAGAGAUAUUGCCCAGACACUUGCUUCAAACCCCAAUGUCACAUAUAUUCCCGGCGGUGAAGGUGGAAAGGAAGGCGGAAAAGGCACCGGCCUUCUCCUUGGUUUGAGAUCAUAA